AUGGGAAAUACAGAGAGUAAUGUAACCAGUGGCGUGAAAAAGCAGGCUGGCACGUCAACACAGAAGUUGUACAAAUUAAUAGACCUUAAAGGUGGUGGAUUACUGGUAGACAUGAUGAAGCGUGCAGUUCAGAACAAGCAGUAUGCAGAGAUCGAUCAUGCUAUUAAGACAAAAGUGGAACCAUUCUUGUAUAACAGAGGCAGAGGCCGGUACAUACCAAUAGCUCAUCUUGUGCUGUUAAGAAAUAAGGAGCGUGCGAGACAUAAGCUGUUACCGCCGUUAAGAGGCAUGGAGAACCCGGACGAAGAGUUCGACAUAGAGAAAGACUGGCCUAACGUGACACAAGAGGAGUAUGAUGCCAAUCCCUCUGGAUUUAGAGAACUCUGCUGGGAUUUAAAGGAACGUGGCGCUGUGGGGGAGACAAUCCUUCAUCUCUGCCUGCUGAAUGCAACAUCUCUGCUCGCAGACUUGGCGAAACGACUCCUACGCUUCUAUCCAAAGAUGAUUAACGAUAUUUACAUGAGCGACGAAUAUUAUGGUGAGAGUGUUCUUCACAUGACAAUUGUCAACGAAGACCCAACGAUGGUGAAGUUCUUAUUAGACGCGGGAGCUGAUUAUCAUGAGCGAUGUUUUGGUAACUUUAUGUGCCCGGAAGACCAAAAAGCGUCGAGAUCAGAUUCGUUUGAUCACGAAUGGGUUAAUGUUCAACCCGAUACGAAUUAUGAAGGUUACGUGUACUGGGGAGAAUAUCCACUGAGCUUUGCAGCCUGUCUUGCCCAAGAAGAGAGCUAUAGACUCAUUCUGGCUCGAGGAGCAAAUCCAGACAAACAAGACACAAAUGGAAAUACAGUGUUACAUAUGCUUGUUAUAUAUGAUAAAGUGAAUACAUUUGAUAUGGCGUAUGAAGUUGGGGCAUCAUUGAACAUCAGAAACGUAAGGAACCUCACGCCUUUGACCCUGGCAGCUAAACUCGCCAGGACCGAGCUCUUCUUCCACAUCCUGAACAUAGAAAGAGAGAUAUAUUGGCAAAUUGGUGCAACCACCUGUGCUGCGUACCCUUUGGGGCAAGUCGAUACUAUUGAUACCCAGACGGGGCUUAUUAGUAAGGAUUCAGCGUUAAAUUUAGUUGUAUUUGGGGAAAAAGACGAACACCUGGAACUUCUGGAAGGCAUGUUGAUCGAUCUGCUAAAAACAAAAUGGAAUACAUUUGUAAAAUUUCGUUUCUAUCGACAAUUUAUUCUCUUUGCCUGUUAUUUCGUCGUGUCUCUCGUCUGCUUUACACUGCGACCUGGGCCACCUGAUCGGCCGCUGAAUUCCACUGUAGUGAAUACUACAGCAGCAUCUAUCACCAAUAGUGUUGAUGCUGAAGUGGCUACAGAAGUUGCAUUUGGAACUUCAGAUGCACCAAAGGAGUCAGAUAUGGAGGGCUGGUGGGAGGAUUUAACUGAAGAGUGUAGAUUGAUGAACUUCGAUUCUUCACAGGCUAAGGUACGAAUAUGCACCGAACUAAUGUUAUGGCUCGGAGCUCUCAUAUACAUCGCGGCAGCUCUCCGAGAAGCAAGGUUUCUUGGAUUGAAGAUGUUCUUUGAGAAUUUGAGUACUGUACCAUCCAGAGUAAUGUUCCUGUUUUCUUGUAUCUUAAUGGUGAUUCUGCCUUCUCUUCGCUUAUGGUGUGCUGAUGAAGCUGAGGACCAUUUAGCGGUGAUCAUCAUGCUAACAACUGCACCUUAUUUCUUGUUUUUUUGUCGUGGAUUCAAAACGGUCGGUCCAUUCGUGGUGAUGAUUUAUAGAAUGGUGAUGGGGGAUCUGUUGAGAUUUGUGUGUAUUUAUCUGGUCUUCGUUAUGGGAUUCUCGCAAGCGUACUAUAUAAUAUUUCUAUCCUUCGACAAUCCAAAUACACCUGAAGGAGUUGAUGACUCGGUGUCCAACCCCAUGCCGUCUCCGAUGGAGAGCAUCAUGGCGAUGUUCCUCAUGUCGCUGACGACCUUUUCUGAUUACUUCAGCGCCUUUGACAGAACUGCGCACGAGACUGAAGCUAAGCUCCUUUUCGUCAUCUACAUGAUACUUGUUGCGGUAUUGCUAGUGAACAUGUUAAUCGCCAUGAUGGGGAACACGUAUCAGAAGAUCGCGGAGACCCGAAACGAAUGGCAGAGACAGUGGGCCAGAAUAGUUCUAGUUGUGGAAAGAGGAGUUCCACCUGCGCAAAGGUUGAAGCAACUCAUGACCUAUAGCCAGCCCAUGGCUAGCGGCAAGAGAGCUUUAGUUUUGCGGAUCAAUCAAAAGGAUGAAGACAAAGAAGAGAUGAAGGAAAUUCUAGAAAUGAAGCGAACACACCAGCGUAUUGUCGCAAAGAGGAAGCAAAGAGAGAUGACUUGAAGAAAGGUCCAAUCGCAUCACCGAUACGAAA